AGUAGCAAGAUCAUCAUCAGCAGUAGCAGCAACAACAGCAGCAGCAACAUCAUCGUCAUCAGUAGCAACAGCAGCAGUAGCAUUAACAGCAGCAGCAAGGAGUGCGCUCCUCGUCCUCGCCCGCCAUGGCUUCCCUCCUCCUGCUGCGGGCCUCGCUCGCUAGGCGAGGCGCGCCUCUGUUGUCCAGGCAACAGGGCUUGGGCGAACCGCGGAGACGCGCGAGCGAUGACAAGUCGAGGCCUCACGCCUCUCACUUUCCGGCGCAGGCAGCGCCCAUGCUGCCCCCUGGAACCUUCGCCGGCAAAGUAGCGUUUGUGACAGGUGGUGGCACGGGGCUGGGCCGGGGCAUGGUGUCUAUGCUGUCUGCCCUUGGAGCUCAGUGCGUCAUCGCCAGCAGGAAACUGGACGUUCUGCAGCAUACGGCAGCAGAGAUCACGGCCGAGACGGGAAACAAGGUGCACGCCGUGCAGUGCGACGUGCGGGACCCAGCGUCAGUGAAGGCGGCCGUGGACUCCGCCGUGGAGGUUGCGGGGUUGCCACAGGUGAUCAUCAACAACGCGGCGGGAAACUUUGUGUCCCCGAGCGAGCGUCUCUCCCCCAACGCGUGGCGCACCAUCACAGACAUCGUGCUCAACGGCUCGGCCUUCGUCACGCUGGACCUGGGCAAGCGGCUCAUCCAGGCCGGCAAAGGUGCUGCGUUCCUGGCAAUCACCACCAUUUAUGCCGAGAGUGGCUCGGGGUUUGUUGUGCCAAGUGCAGCGGCCAAAGCUGGAGUGGAGGCCAUGUACAAGUCUCUAGCUGCGGAAUGGGGUAGGUAUGGCAUGCGGUUCAAUGUAAUUCAGCCUGGACCAAUCAGAACCAAGGGCGCGUUCAGCCGGCUCGACCCCUCGGGCAUGUUCGAGGAGGUCAUGCUGGAUCGGAUCCCCGUGGGCCGCCUCGGCACAGUGCCGGAGAUCGCCAACCUCGCCACCUUCCUGUGCAGUGACUACGCCAGCUGGGCCAGCGGUGCCGUGGUGAGGCUGGAUGGAGGAGAGUACGUGUCGAUGGCUGGGGAGUUUAACAGUCUCAAACAGGUCUCAAAGGAGCAGUGGGACAUGAUGGAGACAAUGAUUCGUAAGACAAAGGGCUCGUAAACCCAACACGUCCAGCGCGGAAAGCAAAACGUCACAGCGAACAGUCGUGAAACAAAUUAACCAGGCACUGCCUCUGCAAACGGAGUGAGCGCUUAUCGAUAACAAGUUAAGUUGCACUUGCCGUGACACUGUGGAAUUUCCACCGCCUAGCGUGGCUCAUUUGAGCAUGGUGACACUUCAGCCUUUGACUUUUUUCCAUAAAACUCUUAAGUGCCUUAAAAUGUUUCUGUUUAUACGAAAAAUGUGAAUUUCAUAAUUGUAUGCAAGAUAUGGAUAUAAGCCAACAGUAGGCUCUCAUUAAUCUGCCUGAACACAAUCAUGCCUGUGAAAUUACGCCAAGGAAAUGUGUGUCCAGGUUGUACGGUAUUAAAGGAGAAACCCACAAUGCCUUGUUGGUGAACUUCCUUUUCCAUUGGACUUCAAAUGCGCUGCUGUCGUUAUAACUAUCGCAAUAAAACUGACCAAGUUGUCCGUUGUGCCGUUUGGGAAUGUAUGGAUAUGGACCUUAAUCUUGCCCAUCCUGAUUUGACAGUGUGACUUGACUUGCAAUAUAAUUUAAAUUAAUGGGGAGUUAUUUUCUGGCAUCUCAUGUUUGUUAUAUGCAUGUCUGCCCACGUUACUGUGGCUUGCACAACAAUGCCUGCGUUCAAUUCCUGCACAUGGAAGUUAUUCUUGUAUUUUAGUUCCAGCGAUGUAGUACAUGCAGCAUCCGCAGUGCACACCAGCUUAUUGGAGUACUGUGCUUUAAACAGUUUGAAGCUUAUUUUGAAUUACGUAUCAUAAUACUGAGCUGUAUAACCAUUCAAUAAGUGCCACAUUAAAAAGAUUAAUGCAAAAUGAAG